AUGGAUUUAAUUGCUAAAGAUGGAUUCAGUAAAAUACCACACGAAAUUAUGAUGUAUAUUAUGAAUAGUUUAGAAGCAACUGACAUUAUUUCAUUAUCUAUGGUGAAUAAAAAAAUUAGAUCCCAUACUCGAGACAAUUAUUUAUGGAAACAAAUAGUACUUGAACAAUACGGUAAGAAUGUUAUAGAAGAGGAACCAAAGAAUCUUUAUAGGAGGGGAAAAUGGAAAAGAUCAAAAGGAAAACUUAUCUUUGCUGAACCUAAUUGGUUAAGAGCUUAUAUGAGAUUAUCGACUGUUAAAGUGACCACUAAAAGUGCACAUUCGCGAGGAAAAUCUGGUGCUUAUUAUAGAUUCAAAGAUUUUGAUAAAAAAAAUGACGAAGAAAGUCCUCCAGGAAAUAAAAUAAAGGAGAAACAAAGAUCAUUUAAUAUUGAAAUCACAGUGAGUAAUGUUCCACCUGGUAUAUAUGAUAUCAUUUGGCGUAUGAAAAUAGAUAAAAUUACAUGUAAACCAAUAAUACACUUUAAUACUGAUAUUUGGUUAAGGCAUGAUAUUUAUCUAAAUUCCUACGAAAGAGAAUCGAAAUAUAAAUAUUCACCUAAUCCAGAUGAACUUUCCACAUUUUAUGAUAAAGGAUGGUUUCAUUUCAGAUUACCUUAUCAAAUAAUUAUCAAUAAAAAAGAACAAUUUGAUGAUAGAAGAUAUCAAAUACACACUGGGAUUAUAUGUCAGGGUGAUAAAUUACUAAAAAAUAAAAAAUCACUCAAAGUUAAUGAAGACAAUGUUAAUGGUAAUAAUAUAAUUUAUCCAAAACUAAAAAAAUUAGUGAAUAAGUUUUUAAAAGUUAUAAGAAAAAAAGGUAAUAGUAAUAUAUCUGAGUAA